AUGGCGACGUCGACGGGGUUGACUCCUGGGGGGUUGACCCCCUUGGGGGUGACCCCAGCGGGAACAUCGCCCGAGUCGGAGAGAGAUGAUGAAGUUCAGGAGCAGGAAAAGAUACUGUCUCCGGAUUUUCUUUCAAUUGCUCAGAUCACUGAUUUGCUAAAUGAGGAUGAAGUUGGAGUUCAAACAAAGCUGGGAAUGUUUUUGAAAUUCAAAAACAUUCAGACAUCUUUAAAGGAUGCCAUUGUACUGGAUUAUUAUGUGUCUGGAUUUUUGUGGGCCAAAGGAAUGGAGUUUUCUGCCAUCCAACAUUCAAAAUUUAUGACUUUACUAGAUAUGUUACUUCAAAAUCUUAAAACGCUACAUGUGUCAUUGGAAGAAAGUAUAAAAUGGCUUGGGGAAGUUUUGGCUGAAAUAGGACCAAACCACUCACACAGAGAUGACGAAUGGAAUCUAUUUGAUGUAAAGCAAGCCAAUGCCAUUGUUGACUACUUACACAUCAGUUUAUUUCAGCACUACAAGCUGUAUGAGUUUCUGUUUUAUUUUACCAGAGAAGAAAUUGUGAUCGGAACUGAGCAAGUGGUAGAAGUUGUCAAGCCUGUAGAUCGCCCUUUCCCAGAUCCUCUGGAAGAAGGGAUCUCAUAUGAUAUCUACUCAACGUUCAUAGAGUCACCCCCAGCACUGGAUGCAGAAACAAAGAUUGUGGAUCAAGAGCAAGGCCCCGAGGAUUCCCAGCUAGAAAGUGCCACUUCGGAAGUAGAUCUUCUGGCUGGUUUCACCAUCGAAGAUGUAAAAUCAGUGUUGGGUCAAGUCACAGAUGAUGUGUUACUCAGCAUUCAGACUGAGAUAAACGAAAAGCUGCAAAUACAGGAAGAGGCCUUUAAUGCACGCAUAGAAAAAUUGAAAAAGGCCUGAGGACUCAGUACAAGGAGAGUGAUGCUAAACUUGACGCAGAAACCAACAAAACCGUCCAGAAUAAUAGACUCUCUAAAUCGGCCUAUCGCCUUCAUUUAGCUGUGAAAGAAAAACCAGGCCCCCAAUUUUUAUUAUCCUUGGUAAUUAGGAAAGUAUUGGUCCCAAUUUUGUUAUCUCUUGUCCUUUAACAGCCUCUGAAUUUAUUGCACUAAAUGUAAUAGGAACAUUGUGUAUACAAGAGUUUGCAGAACUAUAGAUAAUAAUAU